CACAAGUCCGUCAUGCUUCGCACCGCUUUCCGUCUCCGCACUGCGCUGCCGGUACAGCGCCGCGUGGCCGCUUGCGUGUCGCGUCGUUUUUCCUCGUACCCGGACCACGAGGUCAUCGGUCUUCCUUCGCUGUCCCCGACCAUGGAGACAGGCAACAUGUCCAAGUGGAACUUGAAGGAAGGUGACGCCAUCAGCGCCGGUGACAUUGUGUGCGAGAUCGAGACGGACAAGGCCGUCGUCGACUACGAGGCCACAGACGACAUGUUCCUGGCCAAAAUUCUCAUCCCGGAGGGCGCCGAAAACAUUCCUGUGGGCCAACCCAUGAUGGUUAUAGUUGACGAAGAGGAGUCCAUUGCUGCCUUCAAGGACUUUAAGCUAGAGGAAGCUCCGGCGGCCCCCACUGCGCCUGCCCUCUCUGCAGAGGAGAAGCCUCCCCAGAAGGAGGACGUACCUGUGGACGCCAAGACUCACGAGCCCGUGUUGCCCCAGGACUUCCUGGUGACUUCGCAGACCACGAAGAAGACUGUGCCUGGCCCAUUCAUCCCGGCUUCCCCUGCUGCCAAGGCUGCUGCUCCUAAGGCUGCUCCUGCCCCGACUUCUAGCGCUGUGUUUGAGGAGAAGUGGGGUCUUGGCAUCAAGAAGAGCGCCAUCUCCACGAGUCUCGUCAAGAAGCAACAGGCCUACAUUGCUCUGUACGGCAUCACAGGCAAGACCCCCGCAGUGCUGAUUGAGAAGAAGAAAUGA